CAAACUCCAAAACAGCACAGGAACCACCAACCACCUCCUUCGCUGCAACACCACGCAGACAAUCAUUGAAGCGCCUAGCUAGUCUGUCUGUCCUUUCGUCCAUCUAUUUGCGCCAUCUCAUGCGCUCGGUCAUGUCUACGCAAUAAACAAUUGAAAUCUCCCAUCCGGCAUCGCAGAUGAGCGUCGACCCCAAGGGACACUAGCUACACCCAGUCGUCGUCUUGCGCCUUUCGAUCGCACUCAUCAGAUAACGCCCGAUAGCGGUACCAACAGCCUCAUCGAACACCUACUCCGUCGCCAAACACUCGAAUCUUUUCGCGGCGCUUCCGUAUCCAAUUCCACCAUGUCGAGCUCGUCGGGCGUGCCAGAGUCUUGGAUCGCAUCCUUCUGCUCCCUCCUGGGACACGAGUAUUUUGCCGAAGUGUCAGAAGAAUUCAUCGAAGAUGACUUUAACCUUACUGGCCUGCAGACCCAGAUCGCCAUGUACAAGGAGGCUCUCGAGAUGAUCCUUGAUGUCGAGCCUGAGGACGAUGAUGACGAGGAGGAGGAGGACGAGGAGGACGAGGAAGACAUGUCUGGCGGCGAUGGUAUCAACAAGCCCCACGGCGAAAGGAGACACCACAGCCGCAUCGCGAGCGAUCUCUCUGUGAUCGAGUCCUCGGCCGAGAUGCUGUACGGUCUGAUCCAUCAGCGCUUCAUCUGCUCGCGGGCGGGUAUCCAGCAAAUGUCGGAAAAAUACGAGCUCGGUCACUUCGGCAUCUGCCCACGCACAAACUGCAACCAGACCCGCACGCUGCCCGUCGGCCUCUCGGACACGCCCGGCGAAGACACGGUUAAGCUGUUCUGCCCGUCUUGCCUGGACGUCUACGUACCGCCAAACAGCCGCUUCCAGACGGUGGACGGCGCCUUCUUCGGCCGCACCUUUGGCGCGCUCUUCCUCAUGACCUUCCCCGAAUACGACUUGACCAAGACCGGCGCCGAGAGCGUUAGCAACCUCACACGAUCCGGCUCUGACGACACCACCGUCAUUAACGGCAUGUACGCGCGCAACAUAGCGCCGGGGCUGGGCAGGGGCAAGAUUUACCAGCCCAAGAUCUACGGUUUCAAGGUGUCAGAAAUCGCGCGUUCCGGGCCACGCAUGCAGUGGUUGCGCAGCAAGCCUGACGACUUGAGCGUGCUGGACGAGGCUCGUCGCUAUGCGGAACAACAAGGGUCGGAUGACGAGGAUGAGAGCAUGGGUGUGAGCAGCAGGACAGCUUCGAGGCGGCGGGGGCCUCCUAGGAGGCAAAAGCAGAACGGGAGUCCGAUGGCGAUUGAACAGAAUGGGGCUGAGUCGGAGCUUUGAGGUCGGAGCUGUAAGUUGGAACUUGGCUUUGAAUGGAUAUUGAAAAAGGAGGGAUCAGGUUUUGUAGGUAAGGAGUAAGGAAUUGUGUGCGCAAGCAACUGGACAACGGGCUGUUGAUCACUUCUUUCUUACAUCUCCCUCUAAAUCUGGCAUUGAUUUGUAUCACACGCACAAAUAUCCUUUGGGCUUUCUUUCUGAUUCUCUACGUCAUGGCGGGGGAAUGGACGGACGGGUUCAGGAAUCGGUUACAGUAGCUUGCAAGAGCGGUUUUUGGUUGGGUUGGGGUUCUUUUUU